GAGGAGAAGAAGAAGAAGAAGAAGAAGAAGAAGAAGAAGAAGAAGAAGAAGAAGAAGAAGAAGAAGAAGAAGAAGAAGAAGAGGCUUAUUUUAAAAUCCACAGACAAAUAAAUAACUACAAUACAGCGAUGCAGUUGGCUCUAAGUAAAACAUUUGGUCAGAAGCCAGUUAAAUUUCAGUUAGAACAAGAUGGGGAUUUUUUCAUGGUCGGUUCAGAGGUAGGAAACUAUCUGCGAAUGUUUCGAGGCUCUUUAUACAAAAGAUAUCCAUCUUUAUGGAGGAGGCUCGCUUCAGUGGAGGAGAGAAAGAAAAUUGUAGCGUCAUCACAUGCCACCAGUGUGACUCUGCUGAAGGCUUCUGAGUGUGAGGAGAUCUUUGAAGGUAAUGAUGACAAAUACAAGGCAGUGUCUAUCAGCACAGAGCCACCGGCGUACCUCAGGGAGCAGAAAACCAAAAGAAGCAGUCAAUGGGUCCCAACGCUGCCCAACAGCUCCCACCAUUUAGAUGCAGUGCCUUGUUCCACGACCAUCAACCGCAACCGAAUGGGUCGGGACAAGAAGAGGACCUUCCCACUGUGCUUUGAUGAUCAUGAUCCUGCUGUGAUCCAUGAGAAUGCUGCCCAAGUAGAGGUGCUGGUUCCUAUUCGUCUUGACAUGGAGAUAGAUGGGCAAAAACUCAGAGAUGCUUUCACAUGGAAUAUGAAUGAAAAACUGAUGACCCCAGAGAUGUUUGCAGAAAUUCUGUGUGAUGACUUGGACCUGAAUCCUCUGACCUUCGUCCCUGCCAUCACCUCAGCCAUACGCCAGCAGAUUGAGUCAUACCCCACUGACAGCAUUUUAGAGGAGCAGGCAGACCAGAGAGUCAUAAUCAAGCUCAACAUCCAUGUGGGAAACAUCUCACUUGUGGACCAGUUUGAAUGGGACAUGUCAGAACAUGAGAACUCUCCUGAGUCCUUUGCUCUGAAGCUGUGUUCUGAAUUGGGUCUUGGGGGGGAAUUUGUGACCACUAUUGCCUACAGCAUUCGAGGACAGCUCAGCUGGCACCAGAGAACAUACGCCUUCAGUGAGAACCCUCUGCCAACAGUAGAGAUUGCCAUUCGUAACACAGGUGAUGCAGACCAGUGGUGUCCCCUGUUGGAGACACUCACAGAUGCAGAAAUGGAAAAGAAGAUCCGAGACCAAGACAGGAACACGAGACGUAUGAGACGACUGGCCAACACCGCUCCAUCCUGGUAGAACGAAGUCUGAAGCUACACUGAAGAUCUGUCCUACAAGACGUCCUCCGGAGGGCAAGGAAUGAUUGAGAAUGCUCACGCAAAUGCAUGGAUGCACAUCGUAAAUAUGUUGAUAUGUAGUCAGCGCGCACGCAGAUUUUGGAACAAAGCACAUGUGACCACCUCUGAAAAGCCAAUCAAUCCCACCGGAGAUUUUAGGAUCAAACGUGACAGUUAUGCAGCAACAAAGACGUCGGUUGUCUUCGAUUCAACCUUGACUACCAUCGCUCAAACAUUUUUUCAUUAUUCUACAUAUUUUAAUAAUGGGCACGCCCGCGACCCUAGUGAGGUUAAGCGGUACAGAAAAUGGAUGGAUGUGUAUAAAAUGUUUCAGAGGUCGUCUGAAGCUACAUCUAAUGAUCUGUCCUUCAAUACAUUAUUGAGGAUCCUCACACAUGCAUGGAUAACACCAAUAAUAAAUAAAAUAAAAUUAAUAUGUAGUCAGGGUGACCGAUGCUCCCUCUCGUCAACUAGUAUUAUGCACGCAUGUAUUUCUCUACUCAUAGAUGGGAAUCUUUCACAAACUAGUUUAAAAAAAACAAAUAAUAAUAAUAAUCUGUAAUUCCUUACCAAUACCUAAAGCCUUCACUUUCACAUUGACGGUUUUAGUUAUCACAUGUUUGUAUUGGCUUAUACAUGAGUGCUUGGAGCUGGGGUACCAGAUACACUGUUAUAUUGUCAAUGAUAGGAUUCAGCAAAUACCACAAAAUGUGGGAAGAAUGUCUGGAAAGUCGGAAUAAGCGGCUCAUUCUUCUUGAUGGAGUUUUUCAAAGGGCCGAAACGAGGAGGAGGAGGAGGAUAUGCGUGUCGAUGCCAGCUCGGCUCAAGACGUGUUUAUACGUAGAGGCCGAUAGAGAUCAAUAGACUUUGAACACACACUUCAUACUGUACGUGAUGCAUUACACGGGAAAAUGAUUGUUUUUGACAUUGGCCCUGAGGUCGAGGACUAUGGCGUCUUAAAAGUGUCGUGUGCCAUGUUGUUCUGACAAAUUUUUUUCUACUUGUAACACUGUCAUAGUCUGUUCUCUUUGUUUUGUAUUGAACAUAAUAAAGGAAAUUGCCCAAAUGUA